AGCUCGCUAUAUAUUAACUUUUUUUGCUGAAAAUCAAAAAAAAAAAAAAAAGAAAAAAAAGAAACGUGCAUUUUUUUACGAGUUAACGACGGAUCAAUAGCGAGCCAUUUUUUUUAAUUAGUCUUUCUCUUUUGUCCGGUAAAUUCAAGUUUUGCAGCUCUGAAGAAAGGUUUUUUCUUGUGGAAUUCGAAGGCUGACGCAUAAACACAUAUACGUAUACACACGCACACAAACAAUUUUGUUUGUGUGGGCGUCUUCACAUACAUAUGUAUGCACUAACCUUACCUUGAAUUGAUACACACAGACACAUACAAGCUUUAACAAAGACGCCAUUUUCUUCGUGAUCAUCAAGCAUAAACGACUGUCGACAAAUCAACAGACUAACGCUCUUUCUUUUACAUACUUGCAUUGAUUUACACAGAUACAUUUAUUGCAAAGAUAAACUUACAUAGAAAACCGGAUGUAUUCGGUAUUUGACACGUCAGCUCGCAUGACGCGUUGUUGAGAAAAACGCUACGCCAUUUUCCAAAAUUGACUAGUACAUUUUGUGUAUUAAAUUUCCAUUUCUUUUUUGGAAAAAAAAAGAGAAGAGCUCUAAAAACAAAUUAUAAGGGAAAGAAAAAAAAAUAGCUCGUAUUGCCGUCGAUAAUUCAAGAUAAAUUAAUUAAUCAAUUUUUUAUAUUAGAAAACAAACGCGAUUUCUGUGUAGAGCUAUAUAUAGCUUAUUUUAUUCAUGUCAGAGUCAAAUGAUUUCACAAAGAAAAAGCCGUCGAGUGUUGCUUCAAUCGAUCGAAUGAUCAUCAACAGUUCGUAGUGGCACAUGGUAAACUCGAUCGAUCUCCGAUCGGGAAACAAUGGCUCUAGAGAGUGUUUCCGCGGCCGAGACUCUAAUCCAAAGGACUCCCGACAAUGAUAAUGAUGAUUUAGAAGAUGGAGAGAUUCCUUCAGAUGAAGAUGACGAUGAAGUUGUACCGCUUCCAACACCAGCUCCAACGCCAAAACCAGAACCAGUGGUGUCUUCAAAAUCAUCAAAAACGAAAGAGGAAUCCUCAUCAAAAAAUAAAAGUAACGAUAGCAAAAGUAGCAGGAGCAAAAAACAAUCUUCUCAAAGAUCAGGAAGUAGUGAUAGAUCAAGUAAAUUUAACAAAGGCCCAACUGAAGAUUGGGCUGGAGAUGUUGAAAAAGCAAUAAAAGCAGCUUUAGAUAAAGAUAAAUCCAAACAUCAAGAAAGCAAUUCCAAAUCUAGUAGAAGUAGUAGAAGUAAAAGUAGAAAACGAUCAAGAGAUGAUAAAGAAGAAGAACGAGUAAAAGAACAAAAAAGGAGAAAAGUAAGCGACGAAGAAAAUGGAAAUGAAGAUGAUGAUGAGAUGCUUUUCGUACGAGGUGCUUCUCCCGUUAGGAAAGGAUCUCACGAAAAUUCAUCGCCGUUGAGAAGAAACAACGAUCAUGACAAUUACGACAGUAGUUCCGACUAUGACGAUCGUUCCAGUCGACAUCGAGACAGUGAUAAUAAACGUAAUUCCCGAGGACGUCGAGGUGGAAAGAACGAGCGCGGUGGCAAAAACAAAGGACGAAGCCAGGUGCGAAAUGAGCGCAACGGCCGGAGGAAUCAAUCAAACAACGAUCACAAUCAAGAUCCUGAUGCAAUUUGUUCCUACUACAUGCAGGGAAAAUGUCAUCGGGGUGACGACUGUCCGUACUCGCACAAUGCGCUGCCUCCAAGGAAAAUGGAGUUGUGUAAAUUUUAUCUCAUGGAUUGUUGUGCUAAAAGGGAUAAAUGUCUUUAUAUGCAUCAUGACUUUCCAUGCAAAUUCUUUCAUACAGGGUUGAAGUGUGGCCAAGGAGAGAACUGCAAGUUCUCUCAUCAGCCCUUGAACGAGCAGGUGAAGAACAUUCUACUCAAACAUUUGGAGACAGCACCAAAAGAAAUUUUAGGCAACUUCCCAAGACUGAGCAGAGACGGUGCUUUAACGAUGAUCAACAAUACGGAGAAGAAUUUGGCCCAAGGACAAGAAGGAAGUCAAAAGAUUCCCAGUCUUUUUGAAUUGAAUAUCACGAAUCGUGAUGAAAAAGAAGAAGAAACAAAAGAAGAAUCUGUGCCACAAAAGACGACGGCGACAACUACAACAACGACAACAACGACGACGACAACAACAUCAAAAGAAAGAAAAUCAUCGGGAAAAAAGACUCGAUGGGGUUCAGAUGAGGAUCGUGUUCCUUAUGAACAAAUAAUGCUUUUGCAAUCAGCCAAUCAACUUGGAAUGGAAUUUUCCAAUGCUGCUUUAGAUUUAGCCGUACAAGAUCAACGUCAACAAUUGCCUGCACCGCAAAAUACAGUUUCAAUGGAUUUUUAUAGUGAAAUAAGUCAAAGUGACUCAAGUAAAUUGAAUGCAAAGGAAGAUUUUACAAAAGAUGUGGAAGAAGAUGAAAUUCGAGCACAGUCAAAGGGAAAAAGUUCUACAAAUUCAGAAACUCCAAAAGAUGUUGAUUUACGACAAAUGCUUACAGCAUCGUCCAAACCUCGUGUUGUGAGUAUAGCCGACGAGAUAGCAAAUAUUACUCAGUCGAAAAUAGAUGAAGACAGCGAAGAAGAAGAAUCAAAUCUUGUUAUUGAAAUGCCAAUGGAGGAAGAUGAGCCUGAGAAGGAAAAGGAUUUGACCCAAUCAGAAGAAUCGCGAGCAGUUGAAACUCAAAUUGAGAGUGAAAAGCCAUCAUCACCAAAAUUACAAUCACAAAAUAUGCCACCGAAUCUUCCGAAAAAAGCUCAGGAAUUAUUUGCGAGAAUACAACAACAACAGCGAGAGGCAUUGGACAGUUUUAAAAAUCUCGAGAAUGAAGAAGAAGAAAAUCAAGACGAUUGGUAUUCCGAUGACGAUGACGAUAAAGAUGAUUCCGGUAGUUUGACAAUCGAUGUCAACAACGAGGAAGAUCAAGAAAUGGAAGAAAAGACAAAAGUCGAAGAAAAAAGUCCUCCACCAUCGAAUAUACCUCAACCAGCGCCUUUUGUUGAUAAACUUGGCGAUUUAAGUAAAAUUGAUAUCAGUGCCGAAGUAUCAAAACUAUUGUCUUCCCUAAAAGCAAAUAGUAACACAAAUUCACCAACGUCAACAAAUUCCACAGCAAACGUUGACAAUGCCGACACUAAAGUGAAAUGCGAAGAAAAUUUGCCAACCGUAAAAGAAUUAGAUACGAAUCAUGAUGAAAGUGCAAGCUUUAGUCCCGCAUCAUCGCCAAUUUCUCAUUCCCAAACUUCUUCCGUUCCUUCCCGAGAUCCACGAAUGUUACGAGAUCCAAGAGAGACGAGAGAUCCCAGAGAGUCACGUGAUCCAAGACAACGCAGGGAAGAACAAAAAUCAGUAACCGUUAAACACGAUCCAAGAUCACAUAAAUUAGAAACAAGUAUAUACAGUUCGGGAAUAACUUCAAUGGACACUCCAAUGGACACUGAUCUUCGAGCACGACCCGAUCAAGAUCAUCGAAGAAAGGACAUGGAUCUAAGGCAAUGUUUCUCUGAAUUUGGCGACACUGAUCUCCGUCUAGUCGGUGGUAACUAUACAAAUUCAUCAAUGAAAUCCGACGUUGAUCUUCGUCAAAUGUUACCCCUACCAUUUAAACCCGUUCCAACGCAUGUACCGUGCACUGAAAUUGACGGUAGCAUCGCAUCACAUCCACCAAUUGUCUACAAAGUUCACGUUAUCGAUAUUCCACGUCCCGAUUACACUGGUUUGAAAUUAAGUAAAAACGAUCCACAAGUGAGAAUUGAUCCACGUUUAAAAAAAAUCUUCCGAAUAUCAUUGAACGACAUUGCCGAUUCGCCAAUGUCACCGCCACCAAUAAAAUUCGACACACCAAAAUCACCGCCACAAAUACGAAUGGAUCCAAGGCGCAAGGCACUCGAACCACAAUCUUCCCAAGGAAUGAAUGCUUCCCUUCCUCCACAUCAUCAGGGACUUCCGGAAAUGAAUAUGAACAUGGGACCAUACAUGCAACCACCAGCGAUGCAAAAUAUGCCACCAAUGAUGAUGGGUCCCAAUAUGAAUUCAAUGAUGGGCGGACCAAUGGGUUCAAACAUGCCAAUGAUGGGUCACAAUAUGGGACACAACAUGGGCCCAAAUAUGGGACCCAAUAUGGGUCACAAUAUGGGGCCAAACAUGGGUUCAAAUAUGGGUCCCAAUAUGGGCUCAAACAUGGGUCCAAAUAUGGGACAAAACAUGGGUCCGAAUAUGGGACAAAAUAUGGGUCCGAAUAUGGGACCAAAUAUGGGUUCCAAUAUGGGUCCAAACAUGGGACAAAAUAUGAACUCAAACAUGGGUCCUAAUAUGAAUUCAAACAUGGGUCCCAACAUGAAUUCAAACAUGGGUCCUAAUAUGAAUUCAAACAUGGGUCCGAAUAUGGGUCCCAAUAUGAAUUCAAAUAUGGGUCCUAAUAUGGGCUCAAACAUGGGUCCCAAUAUGGGCUCAAAUAUGGGUCCAAAUAUGGGACAGAAUCAAAUGAAUUUUGAUCCACGUUUCAAUUCGCAAAGAAAUAAUGGCGUUGGAUUAUUAGGCCCUGGUCCAAUGAAUUAUAAUGAUAAUGGACCGAAUUUUGAUGGUGGCUAUUCGAAUGGAAAUUUCAAUAAUUUUGGUCCUGGACCCGGUGAUAUGAGGAAUUUUGGACCAAAUUCAGAUGGACCUAAUUUUGGAAAUGGAGGCGAUUGGAAUUCAAAUCAAAAUCAAAACAGAAGGGGCGGAAGAGUUCGUCGAAGAAAUAGAAAUAAAAAUGGGCCUUCAAUGAAUCGAUCACCCUCGUAGGAAUUGGUGAAUGAAAAUUAUUAAUACUUUUCUAUGAUCCUUAAUUAUAAAAAAAAAGAAUGAGUUCUUUAGUGUCCUAAAUUUUGUUUUACUGUUAUAAUUCGCAGGAAACGAAAAUAUUUUAUAGAUUGCUUUGCAAAUUACUUUCUAAUGACUCAGUUUAUUAUUCGCAUAAUAUUAUUUAAAAAGUAAAUUAUUUUAUAAGCAAUCUUUUUUUUUGGACACUGAAGUUGCGAUGAAUGAAAAUAGAUUAAAAUUAUAGAGCAGAGCUGAGUUUUUCUAAAGGGGUUGGGGAGGUGGGGAAUAUUUGAACAAUUUUGAAACUUGAAUAACAAAUAGAAAUUUUUAGAUUUUGAAUAAACUUUUUUAUUUUUUCUUUGUAAAAAAGUUAUUUCUUAUAAUGAAAUAAAUAAUUGUGAAAUACGAUUUUUAUUAAAAAAAAAAAAAAAAAAAAGAUGAACUCAGCCCUGAUUUUUCUCGAAUUACUGUGUUAAUUGUUGCGACAGAAUCGAGAAAUAAGUAAGUCAAUACUUAUUAUAAAAUUUGAUCAUUUAUCAUGAUGAAAAAUUGUUGUCAUAUAGUUGCGAUUA